AUGGCAAAGUUUAAUUUUCUUCUGUUGGCCAGCUGGGCCGCCAAGUUGGUAGCAGCCAAGGAUGUCUACCUCGACUGGAACGUCACUUGGGUCAAUGCCUCUCCGGACGGCUUUGAGCGCCCGGUAAUCGGCAUCAACGGUCACUGGCCGUGUCCGCAGAUUGACGUGAACGUUGGUGAUCGUCUUAUUGUGGACGUUUACAACGGCCUCGGAAAUGAGUCCACUGGAAUUCACUGGCACGGAAUGCGCCAGUAUGGCACUGGUGUCAUGGACGGAUCCACCUCUGUUACCCAGUGUGGGAUUCCCCCGGGACAGCAUAUGCAGUAUCAUUUCGACAUUAAUCAAACUGGAACAUACUGGUAUCACUCGCACACCAUGGGCCAGUAUCCUGAUGGAUUCCGUGGACCAUUGAUUGUUCAUGACCCCAAGCCCCCAUUCCAAUACGAUGAUGAGUUUACCCUUACUUUGAGUGAUUGGUAUCAUGACCAAAUGCCGGACCUGCUCGCCAAGUACGAAUCACAGGCAAACGAGGCAGCCACCCACGGUGAAGAGCCGCUUCCUAAUUCCGCACUCAUCAACGAUUCUACCAAGACUAAGAUCAAGGUUAAGCCGAACAAGACUUAUUUGGUGCACAUCGUUUGCGUUGGUAAUUGGCCAGGCCACGUUUGGGUAUUUGAUGGACAUGAGAUGACUGUGGUUGAGGUGGAUGGAGUGUACACUGAACCCUACCAUGUAGGGGACAAGAACGUUCGUAUUGCCACUGGACAGCGUAUGAGCGUUCUCAUUCACACCAAGUCGGACACCAGCAAGAAUUUUGCUAUCUGGGAUAGCAUGGACGUCAACAUGAUGUUCAUCUAUGAGAACCGGUCUAUUCCCGCGGGCUUUAACCCCAAUGCUACUGCAUGGCUUGUUUAUGACGAGUCAAAGCCACUGCCACCAGCACCUGUAAUCAAUUCGUUGGACUUUGUGGAUGAUGUUGCUUUCAUUCCGGCUGAUCACGAGCCUCUACUCGAGCCGGUGAACCAUCAGAUUAUUUUGGAUGCCUCCAAUGCCACGAUCAACGGUAUGCCUCGCUUCACAAUCAACAACCAGACCUACCUCGCGCAGGAUGUGCCCACUCUGUACACUGCCAACACAGUGGGCGCGGAGUUUGCAUCGAAUCCUGCAGUUUAUGGACAGGUCAACCCUUUCGUGGUGAAGCACAAUGAGGUUGUUGAGAUUGUUAUCAACAACCAUCACGAGAACCUUCACCCAUGGCAUUUGCACGGGCACCAGUUCCAGGUUCUGCAGCGAUCUCUCGAAGGUUACUUCACUGGACAAUACUUCAAGAAUGUCUCAAAGACUCCGAUUCGUCGGGAUACAAUCAUGCUUAACCCCCAUGGACACGCUGUCCUGCGGUUCCGUGCUGACAACCCUGGUGUAUGGCUACUUCACUGCCACGUCGAAUGGCACGUCUCAGCUGGUUUGAUGGCAACCAUCAUUGAAGCCCCUGAGACUUUCCCGGAAUCCGAAAAACCCCCUCCUCAGAGCCACUACAAAGUGUGCGCCGCGUACCCGAAUCCCAUUUCCGGGAACGCCGCUGGUAAAAAUGGAUUGGAUCUCUCGGGUGCAAACACCAACGUUCCCACUGAAGAGUACGGCGCCUUGUAUCCCGAACAUGUGCCGGCUGUCAAGACCACAAAUACAGCUAAUGUUGCACCUGCUGUACCGGCUGCUGCGCAGGCUACUACGGCGAACGGAUCUGGAGCCCAUCAGCCUGCUCCCCAAGUCCCGGCCCCUCAAGUUCCCAAAGCCGCUGCUCAAGCUCCUAAGCCCGCUUCUAAGCCUGCUCCCGAGCCCGCGCCAAAGCCAGUUGCUCAAGCUCCCAAGCCCGCUGCUGAAGCUCCUAAGCCCGCUGCUCAAGCUCCCAAGCCUGCUCCCCAAGUCCCGGCCCCUCAAGUUCCCAAAGCCGCUGCUCAAGCUCCUAAGCCCGCUUCUAAGCCUGCUCCCGAGCCCGCGCCAAAGCCAGUUGCUCAAGCUCCCAAGCCCGCUGCUGAAGCUCCUAAGCCCGCUGCUCAAGCUCCCAAGCCUGCUCCCCAAGUCCCGGCUCCCCAAGCGCCCAAGCCAGUUGCUCAAGCUCCCAAGCCGGCUCCCCAAGCGCCCAAGCCAGUUGCUCAAGCACCUAAGCCAGCUCCCCAGGCUCCUAAGCCAGUUGCUCAAGCUCCCAAGCCGGCUCCCCAAGCGCCCAAGCCAGUUGCUCAAGCUCCCAAGCCGGCUCCCCAAGCGCCCAAGCCAGUUGCUCAAGCUCCCAAGCCGGCUCCCCAAGCGCCCAAGCCAGUUGCUCAAGCACCUAAGCCAGCUCCCCAGGCUCCUAAGCCAGUUGCUCAAGCUCACAAGCCCGCUCCUUAUGCACCGGCUCACCAUGCUCCAGCCCCGGCUCCUGAGUAUGCUGCCCCUCAUCAUGCUCCAGCCCCGGCUCCCGAGUAUGCUGCCCCUCAUCAUGUGGAAGCUGUCCCCGCCUACCCUCCUUACGAUGAGCCCAUCUACGCCCACGAGCAUGAUUCCGAGGGCCCCUGGCCUCAGCCUCAUGUGGAUGAGAGCUACGGUCAAAUUGGUGAUGGAUACGAUAGUCGCCCUCCAACCUACGGGUACACCAAGGAUACCAAGGGUCCCUGGCCUAACUCUCACAAUGACAUGUCUCAGGCUCAAGUUCCCGAUGGACCUGACGGCAAGCCUAUCAUCGCUCACACCGACGAUACAAAGGGUCCUUGGCCUGCUGUCCAACAAAACAACAACUACGUUGAGGAUGGUGGUCACAUCAUCCGUCCUGCGCCAGAUUCUGGACUCAACGAUCUCCCUAAGGACUUCCAAUACUGGGGCCAGUAUGAGUAA